CCUGUGAGGAGCCCCGCCGUGCUCAUGUGGGGGACCAGGGUGACCCUGAGGGACACCGGAGUGACCAUGAGAGAUCCCGGCCGAGGAGGGGAGGGCCGUCCCUGGCCCCGACCGGCAUUGGCAGGGUGAAAAAGUCCUGCAUGUCAGGGGCACCUGACAUAGCCCCAGAAUCUGUGAAGCUGCCCUGAAAAACUGUCCCUGAAGACACCCGUGCUCCCGAGGCCGGGGCGGCGGGACCCUCUCUCUGCGCACACCCGGCCUCAGCAGCCCUCACAAGAGCCCAGGCCGGCACAUCCCCUCGCUCCCGCGCUCCCUCUGGAGCCGUGGCACAGCCGUGGCACGGACACAGCGCUGCCGGGGCGAGGGCCAGCCCCCCCGCGUGAGGGAAGUGUGUCACACGUGGCGCUGCAGCCAGGCACGCACACAGGAUGCGACAGGAAGGGAAAUACAAUCGAAUCCGACGGCCGUGGUAAAUUUGACUCGAAUCCUUCGUAUGCCCUGGGGCUGAGGUGGGUGCCUCUCAGAUAAGCAAUCUAAUCAGCUUUGCGUUUGUGUCCCAUCUGGAAACAGAUUGUUGCCGGAGUACACCAGCACCUGAGAAGCAAGCGUCAGUUAAUUCGUUCAGCCGAGGCGAUUUCAUGCCAGAAUGCAGUCCUCAAACAAGAAGGACGAUUGCACUGCCUGUGGCACGCAUAUGCAUGGUGCCUGCCCGGCAGAUCGGCUGCUGCGACAAAGAGCCAUGAACCACCCCAGACAUAUGGGCAAGAUAAGGAAGAGGCUGGAGGAUAUCAAGAACCAGUCCCCGAAGUUGACAAAAGUGGACUUCAGCCACAACGAAAGCAUAAGAUUGGCCACCGACGCCUUCUUGGAUGGUGGGACAGACUCUUACCUCCAAACUCUAAGCAAAGAGGGUGAGGUGGAUUUCCUCUCCUCGGUGGAAGCUCAGUACAUCAAGGAUAACGCCAGGGAGUCUUAUUAUGCACAGGAGUCCCCAGGUGCAGACGGGGCAGCCGCGCCAAAGCAGAACGACGCCGGGUCACUGCCUUCGGGGACCUACUUCCCCACCAUUUCUGACAGCAGUGAGCCGGCUCUGCUCCACACAUGGAUUACAGCAGAGAAGCCCUAUUUAAAGGAAAAAUCUACCGCCACUGUGUAUUUCCAAACAGAGAAGAACAGCAACAUUAGAGACAUCAUACGCCGGUACAUCCACAAGACCACUCAGGUGUUAGCCAUUGUGAUGGAUGUGUUCACAGACACUGAGAUUCUCUGUGACCUCCUGGAGGCAGCAAACAAGCGCAUGGUCUUUGUCUACCUGCUGCUCGAUCACAGCAGUAUAGAUCUUUUCUCGGAGAUGUGCGACAAGCUGCAGAUUUCUGAGGAUCUCUUCAAGAAUAUUUCAGUCCGCAGUGUUACUGGAGAGGUUUACUGUGCCAAGUCAGGCAGGAAAUUUUCAGGACAAAUUCAAGAAAAAUUUCUGAUCUGUGACUGGAGAUACGUGCUUUCUGGAUCUUACAGCUUCACGUGGCUGUGUGGCCAGGUUCACCGCAACCUCCUCUCCAAGUUCACGGGCCAGGUUGUGGAGCUCUUUGACGAGGAGUUCCGGCACCUGUACGCGCUGUCCAAGCCCGUGCGGGGCCCCAAGACCCCGCCGCGCAGCCUCCCCUUCCUGUUCAGCCGGAGCUGGGCCCCCCCGCGCAGCCUCCCCUACAGCGACGAGGGAAGCGCCAACACCCUCUCCGACCCCUUCAGCAGCCUCUCCGCUGGGAGCACCCACCAGAGCAAGCAGACCCCAAGAACUCUCAUGUUCAACAGCAACUUCAGUCCCCAGUCACCUCUCCAGCGAGUCAAUUCCUUCCACAGCUAUGUCUCGUUCACCCCCCCGCCUCCACAGAACGCCAUCCAGCCUAACUACUAUCAGCCACACUACAUGGCUGAAAACUCCACAGUUCCCUAUAACAACAUGAACAUUUACAGACCUAUAAGGCUCAGGCAAGAGGAACCGAACAGGACAGGGUUAAGCUCAUCCUGGAGAUGCCUCCACAAAGCUAACCUGUUUGCAUAAUAACCACCUUGUUUGGAAAUCCAAGUAAAUGUAGUGAGGACCUGUUUAGCAAUCACUUGUGUACUGAUGAAUAUAGAAAUUCUGUAUAAUACAAAUGAGGAUGAUUUCAAGCCUCUUGUUUUGUUGCUUAUGGAUGCUUCAUUUCCCUGAUUAAAAAGCCAAGGCUGCUAAUGUGUGAACCUCAGGUGCAUCAGGAUCCCAGGAAGAACACAUCUGAAUAGUGCUGCUCACAGUGCAACACUGCUGCUGCCUGUCACCUGCCCCUGGCAGCAUAUUUGUGUACCAGAAGGACAGUAACUGUUUUUCUUAUGUCCAGGCAACUGGAAUGCAGUUUACUACUAUGCAUGUUAUGCACUUGAAUAAGGAGACUGAAGGCUGCUAUUUCCGUGGCAGCAGCAGGAUACCUUUGUGUUUUCAUCAAACCUUAAUCUUGAUUUAUGUGGGACUGUCUUUGGGCUGGCAGGGAAGCACAGGUCCUGCCACAGCACUUAGAGCUCUCUCCUUGAGCUGCACAGCAAGGACAGCUGUUCCCAAGGAUUCUUAGGAAGGGGCCUGGUACCCUCGACAUGGACUGAGACCGACAGUUGCAGUUGUGGAAGACACAUUCACCCCAGUUCACUUCCACUCAUCAGCAACACGGGUGUGUUCAGCACACUUGGUUACAAACCUCCAAUCCUACCAGCUCAGGGCAACUUUCCUUAUGCAGAGCAUCUCUGAAGAUGCAGGCUGGAAAAUGAAGCUGAGUUAAAGAAGCAAAGUCCUACUAGUAACACACCAGGACUGAGUUCCAAUUCAUUUAAUUGCACAUGGAUC